AUGUUAGUGGCCCUUGCGGAGAAGCCAGAAUCGUCAGGGGAAGCCCCACCUUCAAGGCCUGUGCGAGAAAUGCAAAACUCAGGUCAUGUUACUCCAGGAGACCACGACGCUCAGUCUUCGAGGAUGAAUCCAAAUCAUGAUCACUGCCGAAGGAUACGUGGAGUGAGGCUUGCCUCCAAUUUACAUCACAGUACUCAUGCGGGUGUCCUGCUUCCGGGGGAGGAGGAUGCCUCUGUCUCAUCUCGGUAUGAAGAUCGCAUUGUCCUUGGAUGGUGGUACUCUUAA